AUGCUUAUUGAUGAGGAAUUAAAGCAUGCUACUGAUAUUAUUGAAAAAGUCAUUGGCAAUGGGAAAAAAUCUCCACCAGUACCAGAUAUUUAUGAUGAUGAAGGUGUGCAUGGAGAAUGCAUUUGCUGGCCAAUCUUUCAUAAAACUGAGGACGUGUGGAGGUACAAGGAAACUCCGAGCACUAAAGAAUUUUAUGAAAUGCCACAUGGGAGAUUCUUAGCAUACAGUGACUUCUUCUUGCACACCAUUGGCGUUGCAAGGGAGGUCUCUGACCUAAGCCAUUGGCACCUGGUAUUUAAAAGAUGUCUUCCUCCCAGCCCACCAUACCAACCCCCUACAGUCUCACCAGUAACCCUUAAGAUCCAGCCCCACAGAUCAUCUCCAAACUCGAAUGAAUGGAUUUUGAAGUCAGGCCGGGUUCCAAUUAUUGUUGGUGGAUCAAAUUCCUACAUUGAACCACUGGUGGAGGAGUGUUUCUUCAAGUUCAAGUCAAAAUAUGAAUGUUGCUUCCUCUGGCUUGAUGUUAACCUGCCUUUUAGAUUCUUCUUUGUCUCAAAAAGGGUUCAUCAAAUGGUUUAUGCAGCAUCCCAGGUGCCUGAAAUGGGGCAAGAGGCCGCGAACAAGGAGUUUCAUGCAGUUGUUGAGGUAUUGGUCCAGUUUGCUGCUGAGAAAGUGUUGAUGGCUGAUGGCCUAUCAUUAGUGGUUGCUGCUGAGCCAUCUGCGGUGGUUUGUGGGCAAAAGGCACCAUUGGGCUCAUCAUGUAAGAUGGAGGUGGCCCGGGUGGCAGCGUAG